AUGUCUACUGGGUUUGGGGAAGUGCCAAACAGGUCACCCCAAUCCCCAUCUUGUUCAAACCCUAACAAUGGCGAUCCAGGAAACUUUGAAUGCAACAUAUGCUUUGAUUUAGCUCAAGAUCCUAUCGUGACUUUAUGUGGUCACCUCUUUUGCUGGCCAUGCCUUUACAAAUGGCUUCACAUUCAUUCACAUUCACAAGAAUGCCCAGUUUGUAAAGCCCUAAUUCAAGAAGAAAAGCUAGUACCGUUAUAUGGAAGAGGCAAAAACUCAACAGACCCAAGGUCAAAAUCAGUUCCAGGUGUCGAGAUUCCACAUCGGCCGCCAGGUCAGCGACCGGAAACCGCCCCUCCACCGGACAGAAACGCAUUCCCUCAACAUGGGUUUGGAUUAAUGGGUGGUUUUGGGCCUGCAAUGACUAUGUAUGGAAAUGGUGGUGGUGUUCAUGGUUUUAACUAUGGCGGCCAUCAUCAUCAUCAUCAUCAUAAUCAUGCACAUGGUGGCCAUCAGCAGAGAGGUCACCAUCAUGAAACAGGUUUUUCUGCAGCUUCACCAAUUCUGAUAAUUGGUCUUCUUUUUCUGUUGGCUCUUCUUUGGUACUGA